AUGACAACAACCAACAAACUGAUUGUCAAUUUAGCCAUUAGUGACAUAUUGAUGACUGUACUUAACAUACCGUUUAAUAUAACAAGAUUUGUUUUGGACAGUUGGCCAUUCGGGUCRGCAAUGUGUAUGUUUGUACCGUUCAUACAAUCGGUUUCUGUCCACUGUUCAUCAUUAACRAUGAUGUUUAUUGCUAUUGUACGCUACCGUAGUGUUAUUAACGGUACCCGAGCUACCGGUGCCGGCGGAAGAUUUGGCAAACUAUUAAAUGCUAACUUUCUAUUGGUACUAAUYUGGUYGAUGGCWAUCGUAUUUUCAGUACCGCACGGUCUGUAUAACCGGUUGGUUGGACUGGCGGGUAUGGAAAACAUGCAACGCUGUCAGUUGGCAUACCCGGAGCCAAAACAAUUGUUUCGCCAGAGACUAACACUUAUAUCAUUUCUAACACAAUAUUGCAUACCUAUCCUCUUAACUUGUGUCUGCUAUAUAAAGAUUGGCAUAUUUUUGUGGCGCCGCGAAAUUGUCGGCACAGUUACCGAACGCCGUCGGGUGYUAUUGAUUGGUCARAAYAAACGUCGAAUCAGCAUGCUCGUUUUAGUGGUCACUGURUUUGCUAUGUGUUGGUUACCACUUAAUUUAUUUCUACUACUCACAGACUACCAGCUCAUUGCUUAUAAUGUUAAAUGGUUUUUCAUUAACCACUGGUUGGCAAUGUCUAGUGUUUGUUAUAAYCCAUUCAUCUAUUGUUGGCUGAAUCACGACUUCAAGACACAAGUAAAGCAAUUAUUUUACUGUUCAGACAACUUAUCUCUGAAUAAUCCAAUUGAUAAUAAUAAYAGCCAACACCAGACAACACUCGACUACAAUAACACUACACUAACRUAUAGGAUAAGCCCGGAACCAGUUAACGGACAGUCUAUUGAAUUGAAUACAAUGUCUACACCGACAACAAUUUGA